AUGCUUGGCGACUCCUGCAUGAGUCUGGAUCCAGAUCCAUUGAAGAAGAUGGCGGCGACGAUUAAAGAUCCACAACGUAUCGUUGAGAUACGGGAAAGCGAUAUACCCGUUCCCUGGUGCGAUGACUUUGGCAAGAUGAUAAGCGGGAUGAACCUGAAUAUCAGCAGUUCUCCCGAGCUCAAUGAUUACAAGCUUGGGGUCAUGAGAAAAUUACGGGCUUUCAACGACGACAAUAUCCCUGAUGAUGCUACCCUCGCUUCUAUCAAGAUGAAACGAAUGGCACUCGCCAAACAAAUGGUAGGCAAAAUGGGUAAAGGUGUUGCUAUUGAACCACCAUUCUUUGUUAUAUGGGGUUGCAACACCUUUAUUGGCAAUGGAGUUUACAUAAACCGAGAAACCUCGAUUUACGACAAUGCUCUCGUCAGCAUUGGAGACAACGUCCUCAUCGGACCAGGAGUAUGUAUCUGCACCACAACACACGCGACAGAUGUCAAAGGACGCCAAGAGGCACAAGGCACUUCAUAUUCCUUGCCAAUACGUAUUGAAGCAGAUUGCUGGAUCGGCGCUCGAGUAACUAUCCUCCCAGGAGUGACGAUUGGGAGAGGCUCGACCGUGGCUGCGGGCGCAGUCGUCCACAAAGACGUUGAACCAGAGACAUUAGUGGGGGGUGUGCCAGCUCGGUUCAUUCGGAGUUUGAAGGAUGUCCCAAAGGAUCCAGAGGUUGAAUCGAUCGAUGAUGAUUUAUAG